CCGAUCAAGAACUUCAAGAAAUAGUUGCUUUGUUGGAGGAAUUUGUCGAAUUUUGAGGAAUAGAUUCUGAUUCCAUUUACAAACAUCAGCCAAAAUGAAGUUUAAAAGGGGGGUUAAAGUGGAGGUCAUGAACCAAGCUGAAGUGCCAAUCUCAUGGCGUGCUGCUCAGAUACUUUCUGAGGAUGGACAUUGGUACAUAUUGAGAUUUGAUUCUUUAGGGGAAAGCGAAUCAGUGGUGGAAAGGGUAUAUAAGAGCUUGAUUAGACCCUCUCCUCCCCUGAUGCAACAUACCGAGAAUUGGUUACCUGGGGACAUUUUGGAGGCGACUAGCAUGGCAAGAUGGCAGAUGGGAUUGGCUGUCUAAGGGAACUGCAGAAUACAGGAAGCUCAAAUCUCACAAACUGUCAAAUCAAAUUUGCUACAGAGACACAGGAUACCAGUUGUGGCGACCUGAUUCCGUGGAUAGGUUAGAGGAAUUUCAUGUGCCAUCUUCAAGAUCUCUGAAACGGGCAUAUGUGCACUGCUCGUCAACAACUGAAUCACAUACUCUCUUUAAAAAACAAAGAACUCUGGAAACAGAUGGUCAGAGGCAAGAAAUACUGGAAAAGGUAGAGGCAUGGUUCCUUUGCUACCAGACUGAUCAAAGAUGAUGCCGGGGUUUAAGCCAUUCUAGUGGAAUAUGCAAAUGGAUGAUUCAUGCGUCCAAUUCCCCACACAUGGCCAAUCCCUGGUGGCUUUGUCAGCUGCAACACUGAGAUUCUUGUAUCAGAUUGAUAGCUGAGGUUAAGAAUCUUCAAGUACGUAAUCGGAUCAUGGAAUGGGUUUUUGACUUUCGAGCCUGAGAUUUCAGGGCAACAACUCAAACAUGAUUAAUCAACUCCAAAAGAAAGUUGGGUGGGAUGG